CUCUUAUUGAUGAAUAUCAGUUGAAAAACUAAUGCAACUUGUCCACGGCUGCAGUUACACCUCACAGUUAGCACCUUGGCACGAUUUCUCUACGAACUCCACUCGGCUCACACGAGUUGUUGUUUAAUGACGGUGCCACACUAUUUAUAGCUCUGGAAAGCUCGCAAUAUAUCUGUCAGAUCUUUAAUAAGCGCGUCAAUCUGCUCUGUUGCAGACAGAAGUGAGCAAAGAAAGAGAAACGUGUCGUCUUGAUCAGUGCUCUCUGAGGCAACACGAGACUCUCAGUUGCCCCGUGCAUGAGCCUCGCAUCCUUGCAUUUCCAUUACGCACAGGAGAGUCGCUCACAUGCCUCUUGGACGAGCUCUCCUGUCAGAAUGGAGCAGCGCGCAGCAGGAGCCUCGGUGACUGACGAGGAGAACGCGGAGGACGGCGGCGACUUAGGAGCUUUCCCUGUUAUUAUCACCACACAAAUCAAAUUGUGCUCCAACUCAGAUGUUCCAAGUGUUCGGCUGCUCUGACUACUAUGUCGUGGCUCGCGUCCUCCUACUGCUCCAAAGGCGGAGGAGCGCGGUUUCGUGCCACAAUAAGUUCAAGACUCCCUCCAGGAAAGUCCUUUUAAUUUUUUUUGCUCUGUACUUUGGACCUUUUAUUCCCCCCUCAACUAAACAUUGGAGUAUUGCCAUCAUGGCCGCUGCAUCCUGAGGGGACAUGGAUUUAGAGGUGAAGGAUGUGAACGCUUCGAACUGUUUGCGCAACGAGAGCGACCCCGGGCUGAGCGCGUCCUCCGCUGGAGUGUCCACUGCGCUGGCCAGCGUGCUGAUCUUCACCAUCGUGGUUGACAUCCUGGGCAAUGUGCUCGUCAUCCUGUCCGUGUACAGGAACAAGAAGCUCAGGAAUGCAGGAAACAUCUUUGUGGUGAGCUUAUCUGUGGCAGACCUAGUGGUGGCGCUGUACCCAUACCCUCUGGUGCUGACUGCCAUCUUCCACAAUGACUGGACCAUGGGCGACCUGCACUGUCAGGCCAGUGGCUUUAUCAUGGGCCUAAGCGUCAUCGGCUCCAUCUUCAACAUCACGGCCAUUGCCAUCAACCGCUACUGCUACAUUUGCCACAGCCUCCACUACGACCGGCUGUACAGCCUGAGGAACACUUGCUGCUACCUGGGCCUCACCUGGGUGCUCACCGCCCUCGCCACAGUGCCCAACUUCUUCGUGGGCUCCCUGCAGUACGAUCCUCGCAUUUACUCCUGUACGUUUGCCCAGACCGUCAGCUCGUACUACACCAUCUCGGUGGUGAUUAUCCACUUCCUGAUCCCACUGCUGGUGGUGUCCUACUGCUACAUGAGGAUAUGGGUGCUCGUGAUACAAGUGAAACAUCGGGUGAAACCGGAACAACGGACGAAACUGAAACCAAGCGACGUGAGGAAUUUCCUUACUAUGUUCAUGGUGUUUGUGCUCUUUGCUGUGUGCUGGGCUCCGCUGAACCUCAUAGGCCUGGCGGUAGCUAUAAACCCGGUGAAAGUGGCGCCCAACAUACCCGAGUGGCUCUUUGUCACAAGCUACUUCAUGGCAUACUUCAACAGCUGCCUCAAUGCCAUCAUAUAUGGACUGCUAAACCAAAACUUCCGCAAAGAGUACAAGACAAUACUCCUUGCUCUUUGCAUCCCACGUUUGCUCCUCAUGGAGACCUCCAGGUGUGCCACGGAGGGACUGAAGAGUAAGCCUUCGCCAGCCGUGACAAACAAUAAUGUAGCAGAGAUUGACGUGUAAUAUCUCUGUAAUGUUUUACUAGGCGAGUGGAUGUUUGCCAUGAUUCACCCGGUGCCUUCUCAAGAUGUGUUAUGUUGUAAAGUAGGGGUGUUGUGAUAUACCAGUAUUGACGAUAAGUGUGAUAUUUAAAAGCUGGAAUAUUGAUUUUAUGUUAAUAAUACACAUAUAAUAGUAUUGUAAGUAAUCCAGCACCAGUAACUAUUUGGUUGAUGCACAGAACCAACAGUAUUCAGUUAUGGUUACAGGAUGUCUCUCCACCUCCCUACACUCGUAUUUUGAGUGUAGUUCAUUUGCCAAAACACACAAUAAAACAAAGUUAAGGAUGAAUUUGACUGAUAGCAUUGAUCUUUACUCAAAAUGCUUGUAGACAUAGUGAUAUAUAUAUAUACUGUUAUUCUCUUGAAUUCUUUUGGCCAUAAUAACCAUUGAGGGGAAAAUUUUGGGACAGCCCUAUCGCAAACAUGCUUCCAUGUUUGGAGAGGACACUGAUGCUAUCAUUCUGUCAGAUGCUGUUCCCUCAGAUUUAGAGAAAAAUGUAUCACCAGUACGCUGUGUUCCACUGUGACUGCCUCUCUGUACUCCAUUCAAAGACAGACCACGUAACUAGUUAGCAGGGAAAAGGAUCAGAGCAAAACAAGUUACCAUUUAGAUCAUUGGUGGUAAUCAGCUGUGUAAAAUUGCACUUUCUACGGAUCAUCCUAACACACUGUAUUGCUGGUGUUUUUGGAAGGAGAUCUAACUUUUCAGGCCCCAUCCCAGCAUGUGUGCAUCAUGUGCAUAAGAAUGACUCACUGCCUGUUUGUACAGAUUACUUCUAUGUGCAUCAGCAGCAUAGCAAAAAUAAAGUAACUGUAUUUUCUAUUGCCA